UCUUGACUGUCUGUUCUAAUUCUAGGUUUGGCAAAGUAUCUGCUUCCAGGAAAUGGGCACCAAGGUAGCCAUGAGAAGCCUGCUUCCUCUCUUACAGAAACGUUUUCUAUCAACAUCAUCGUCAUCUACUCCAACACUUUCUCCUCUUUCCACUGCUCUAUCUUCAUCAUUUACAGUAGACUUCCUCAUCAAGUCAUGUGGGCUUCCCUCAAAAUCUGCUCUUUCUGUCUCCCAGAAGUUACAACUCGACGAGAAGAGCAUCCAGAAGCCCCAAUCAGUACUCGAGUUUCUGAAAGCUCACGGCUUUAAAGAAACCCACGUCGUCAAAUUAAUUGAGAAGCGGCCUGAUGUCCUCAGACGUGGAGUAGACACCAAUCUCAAACCAAAAUUUGAGUUCCUCAUCGCAAAUGGCUUUGUGGGUAACCUUCUUCCUGAGCUUAUUACAUCAAAUCCGAAUGUUUUGGAAAGGGCUUUAGAAUCUAAUAUGAAGCCAUGUUUUGAGUAUUUUAAGUCCAUUCUUGGUAGUAAUGACAUGAUUGUAGCGGCUUCUAAGCGAUGUGCAGUGUUCUUGACCUAUGAUUGGAAGAGUAUUAUACAGCCAAAUGUUGAGUUGUUGAUAAAAGAGGGAGUGCCUGAAGAGAGAGUAGUAAAAAUGAUUGUUGCACAACCAAGAAUUAUAUAUCAAAGGCGCGAUAGGAUGGUUUAUGCAAUCAAUGCUGUCAAGAAUUUGGGUCUUGAGCCCAAGGCUGCUAUGUUUAUAUAUGCUCUUAGAUCGAUCUUAUCCAUGAAUGAGUUCACUUGGAAGAAGAAGAUUGAAGUGAUGAAAAGUUUUGGGUGGACUGAAGAAGAGAUUUUGCGGGCAUUUAAGCAAUACCCGUUUCAAUUAUCAUCCUCGGAGGAAAAAAUGAGGAAAUCGAUGGAUUUCUUGUUGAAUACUAUUAAGAUGGAAAGGCAGGCCAUUAUUGCCUGUCCUAAGUUUCUUAUGUAUUCAACUGAGAAAAGGCUCCGUCCUAGGUAUGAUGUUUUGAAGAUUUUGAAGUCUAAGAAGCUAAUUGAAAUCGGCAAGAAGACGAACUAUCUGCUAACAGUUAGUGAGAAGAAUUUCUUGGAGAAUUAUGUUACUAAGUAUGCUGAUAAAGUGCCAGGUUUAUUGGAGGUAUACAGGGGCACAGCAAAGACCGAAAGAUAGAAACUUGAUUACCUCCCAUCCAUCGCCUAUAUUCCAUUAUCACAGGCCAAUGUUUUUCUCAGGCCCGGCCAUUGCUCUCUAGUUUUUGCCAUUCUCUUCAAAUGUUAAACCAAAGCCAGCUAAUUUUCUUGAACCAAACAACAAAUAUUGAUAACCUCCAAUUCAUAUCUUUUCCAUCCUGCUUUGCAGAUCAGGAAUUUCCAUGUUGGAUAUAAGACUUUUGAGUCCUUCUUCAAGAGCUCCUUCCUCUCUUUCUGCUGCAUCUUCUCCACCUACAGGAUUUCUGGACGAGUUAAAUUAGUGUUUUUGACAAAAAUGAACAUAAGUUUUAAUAAAAUGGUUGUAUGGUGCUGACA